AUGAGUUUGUCUAGUGAAGCAAAAAAACGUCUUUAUGAAUCAUUACAGCAACAGUGCUUAAAUCAAAAGUCAGCCAAAUAUAAUAAAGCAAAACAGCUUUUUAUGGGGUUAACAGAUCUUGAUUAUAAACCUGGCAAUAGAGAACAUAUAUUUUAUAAAUACUGGCUUGUAUCCAGACCUGAAGAGGUGACCUUAAAAGGUCAUAGCCAUACUGAUAAAAAUGAUACUGCACUUUUAGAUGUGUAUCGACUUGAAGAAAUUUCUGAUGAAUAUAUAAUUUGGGUAGCAGAGCAGGGUUUUACAGUUUUUGAUUACCCAUCUGAAGUUUAUGGAUUACUCGAUGCUCACAAGUGUAUUAAUGGGAAUCUGCCUAUUUAUCAGGUUCUGGAUAUUGAUACGAGACAAAAGCUCGAUCCCAUGAAUCCUGAACUUCUUUCCUUAGAUAGAAGUAAAAUUUCUCGUAAAGAUUUAUUAUCUAGAAUCUUAAUUGCCUGCGCCAAUAUUGUAUACUCAGAUUUAAAACAUCUUAUAACUCUAAAUACUUUUGUCUUAGCUAGUUCGUCUAAUGCUAGUAAGUGCAGUUGGCAUAUUGUAUAUAAUUAUGCAUAUUUUGUUGACUACAGAGACCUUAGAGGAUUUGUGGGAAAAGUCGCUGAUAGAGUUGGAAAGCCAUAUUCAGAGUUUAUUGAUAUUGGUCUCUAUAAAUCUCGUUUUAGUCUUCGGCUUCUUGGAUCGGCAAAGGAAGACAGA